AUGCAACAUCCUCCUUCUCGGGUUUCCUCCUGCCCACCACACUUCAUUUCCGAGACUGUGGCCGCGAAGACUUGGGCCAAGGCGGCCAAGUACCCUCCUCCAGUGGCGGCUAUCCCCCACUGUUGGAAAGAAGGAGACAUUGCCUUUCUGCGUCCCUCAAAAACAUUCAGUCCCGAGGAACUCAGGACCCUGAUCCACCGGACCCCAGAGUUCCCCAGGGGGUAUAUUCCGGUGCGGGCUACCGGCCACCCCGUAAUUAUCCUCCGGCGGCUUUCCCAAGGAUCAACCCACGUGUUGGUCACCACCGUCUCCGCCCACAACUCUGGACCGGAAAACGGGUAUCUCGCCCCGUGGAAGCAAGCCUGUCACCGCCACGAGGCACUCGCCAACUUCCGCUCGUUCGAAGGCAGCCAGCGAGCCACCGCCGAGUUCCCGCCCCUGUUCCUGCGCCCUGGUCAGGAAAUGCGCAAGCCCCGCACCAGCUGGGUGCAUAUCCAAAGCGCAUGGGUCGUGCCGGUGAGCGUCCUCGGCCACUUCAGCGGCGUUAAGGGCGCCCAUGUAGUCACCAUGACCACAGAGAGCCUCGACAACCUGCGCGCUCACAUGGCCGCCAGGUGCAGGGUUUGGGGAGCUUGUCAGCAGCGUCUCCUGGCAGUUGAGAAAACCUCUCCGGCAGCUGGCGCGGUUUUGUCGUCUGCCGUCCCUUCCGCCGCUUUUGCCGUUGUCGCCUCUGCCGCUGCCGCUGUCUCUCCCUCCCCCUCCUUUGCCCCAGCGGCUUUACGUGCUGCCGUUGCUGCUGGUAGAGGAAAGCUUCCCGUUUCUCUGCUCUCCUUUGGCUUGCCGCCAACCAGCAAAAACAAACAGCUGAAGAAGGAUAAGGUGAGGAAACCAAGAGAGGAAAAUUGGCAGAGGUAA